AUGAGCUCAGCCAGUGAAGCACCCAUUGUUGGGACCAAGACGCUACCCGACGCGGUCCGGCGGCUCGCCUCCCUGCCCGCCGUCGACUUCGCCGACAUGUACACGCUUCGCACAUCGCCAGACAACAGCUCUGCCGAAACCUGGGCCCGCGCGAUCCUCGGCGACGUGCCAAACUUUGCAGAGAACCUGGCCUGGCACUGGCUCCUGCGCUUCCCGCUCCAUCACGAACAGUCGCCGGCUCACAUCGCAGGCUGGCGCAUCGGCGGCAAGGCGGACGAGUGGAUCCGGAUCGAGAACUCGUCGUGGCUGAUGGAUGGAAACAUUGUCGUUGUGAAGAAGCAGCAGGAGGUGUCGCUGGUGACCAUGGUGCGGUACAAGUCUCGCUUCGCGCCGGCGUGGUGGUGGCUGUUGUCGUUUUUGCAUCGGAGGGGGGCGCCGGGGCUGCUGCGGGAGGGUGCGCUCAAGAUGCAGAAGAGCGCAUAG